GAAGUUUAUUGUCGCGCAACGUGGUUGCAGACGAGUUGACCGGGCUGUGUCAAAUCUCCGAUGAGUCGGCACUGUGGCUGGAAGUGCUGCCGCACGCCGUGCUGCUGUUGCUGGGCUGCGUGUUUGGUAGUGUCGCUGGAGGCGCGCUGAUUCGCGUGCGAAGGGCUGUGCGCUGCGCCGGACGCAGCGCAACAAAAUUGGAGCGCCUGAUGACGCGGCUAGGUAUCUUCGCGCUAUUGUACGCGCUACCGGCGCUGGGUGGCCUCGUCUGCGUACUGCAGGAGGCCUCGAUGAGGCCGCGAUGGCGAAAACUAGCGCUGCUGGCCGCGCUAGACUGUCGCGCGGCGCAGAAUUGCGUCCCAGGCCCGGUAUACCGAGCCGCCGGCCUCGAAGUUGCCCUUCUUAGGCUCUUCUUAUCUCUCGUGGUCGGCGUCACCUCCGGCAUGUGGGUAUGGUCUGGCAAAACCUGCCGUGCUUGGAGCAAACUGCUUGCCGCGCCCAGUAAACCCGUCAGGAUGCAAAGCCCUUUCCAGGGCUUUAAGCAGGACGACAACAUCGCUUAA